AGUAGUGCACGCCUGCAUCUACAGUGCUCAGCUGGUCACCAUCACCUGUUCACUUUCAGUUGGUCACCAUCACCUGCUCACUUUCAGCUGGUCACCAUCGCCUGUUCACUAUCAGUUGGUCACCAUCACCUGCUCACUAUCAGCUGGUCACCGUCACCUGCUCACUAUCAGCUGGUCACCGUCAGUUGCACAGUCUUCAACAUGGCCAAGCAGCUGCUACUGGUGUCGCUCUCGGUGGCGUGGGUGGCGGCGCUGCUCUGCGGCCUCGCUGCUGGAAUCUGUGAGCCAGACUGCAGUGGCCCUUCCCCUCCGCCAAUUGUACCAGAUCCUCUCAACUGCACUCAGUUUUACCUCUGUCUGGCGACCGAUUUGCCCUCGGACGCUCCUGGGUCUUGUCCAGCUGGUACAUCCUUCAACCCAAUAGCCGUAGAUUGUUCUGGUACCACACCUUGUAGACCAAACUGCACGCUACCAGCUUGCAUUUCAACAUGCACCAAUGCCCUGGACAAGAUCUAUGACCGGACGAAUUGCAGCCGCUAUUCUAUUUGCUAUGGAAGCAGUUUAUUAGGGCCCUUCGACUGCCCGGCGGACCAACCUUACUUUGACGGCGUGAAGCAGGCCUGCAGCGCGGACAAGCGCGGGUGUUGCAUCGACCCGUGUAUUGCCUACUGCUAUACCGCAGGGACAGAGACACCCGACCCCUAUGACUGCACCAAGUACUACUUGUGUGUCGAUGUGGGACUACCUUACGAGAUGUUCCAUAAUACCUGCCCUUCAGGUUCCACCUUUGACGCACAGCUGGGUCACUGUGUGGACGGCGCCAGUUGUAAUACACUGUGUAACGAUACCACGGUCCUCGGGGGAGGAAUCACCUCUAUCUAGAAGAUGCCAGGAGUCCAUGACGUGCACGUCAACAGGAUUAUUCCCCAAGUGCACGACGUGUGACCAGCAGUACUUCAACUGUCACACUGCCGGUCAGCCAGCCACCGUUGAGACUUGCACAGGAGCUUUGCUCUUCAACACCGACCCUUCCUUCCCUUACUGUGUUCAGCCCGACGACUGCCCUCGCCCAGCGAUCUGAGCCCACCUGCAGGGAUUUACCUGUAAACAUAGACGUCUUCUUCCACAUACUUGGUAACACUAGGUGGUUGUUUCCACCUACCUGGAAACACUAGGUGUCUCCUACGACCUGUGGUCGGACUUGAGAAUAACUCCAGGUAAACCUAGACCCCUAGGUACUUCCACCACCUACCUGAGACAACUACCAUCCCCUGGGACCAUUAUCUACAUCUGGGGUUUCUACCUGUACUUUUAUCCACUAAUUACACUUGUGCCUCCUACCUGCACCUGAUCAGUCCAUUGUUUACUCGUUGAAACUUGUAAUUAAUGUUUUUCAGCAAAUAAUUUAACUUUAAGCAAGUAUUGUAUAACUUGAAGUAAAUAAUGCAUAUCCUAAUAAAUAAUGUAUAACUUAAAAGCAGUAAUGACUGACUUAUACCAAAAAAUUUAUAACGAGGCAAAUAAUGUAUAACCAAAUAUUUGUAACGAACCAAAUAUGUAUAACUUAAACUAAAUCGUGUUUAUUUAAUCGUCAUUAUUUAAUCAUUCACUAUUUAAAAAAUGUAGUGUAUAACUUAAACUAAAUAUGUAUAACUUAUGCCAAAUAGGUAUAUUUUCAACUAAAUAUGUAUACCUUGAUGCAAGGAAUAUACAACCUGAAGCAAAUUAUAUACACCGUCUAUAAAGUAAAGUAUCGCUGGAAACCAAUUGUAAAGUUUUCAUCAAGGAAACAGUCCAACACUAA